AUGAAAUCAAACCUCCUGCCCACCACAGACAUACUCAGGAAUUCAUCUUCCAGAGUCUCUCAGCUUGACUCUUUCCUCCACAGGCGCAAUGUCAUCUUCACCGACAUGAUGCAAUGGCGUCAACGCCUCAUGGAAAUCCCCCUUCCCACCACGAACACCGCAACUACGACCAUCAUCCAAACCACUCCCCUAACGACCUACUACAUCGACCUAGCAACCAAGCUCGAGAAUCUCCGCGCCGACUUUGACUCGCUAUGCGCCCUUGUCCAGAUCAUGCCCGAGAAAGCACACCACGAUCUCCCCCUCCCCAUCCAGUCCCCAGAACCCUCGAAGCGCAAGUGCGCAUGGGAAAAAUGUUGGAAUGACAAGGUCCAUAUCCUUCAAGCUCAUCUUUCGCACUUACUCCACCUUGCCCUGCAGCAUUGUCCAGAGUCGCAGCGGAUUCCACCCUCGUCCUUAACAAACACAUGUCCUGCCUCCCUUCCUCAUCCCUCCAACAGCACCAUCCAACAAAGUCUCGCCCACCUUCCCAUCUCACCCUGGACACCGUGGUCCACAACCGACCUAGCAAUCUACAUUCUCAUGAUCGGCGUAUGCAUAGCCCGACUCCAUCAUGGACCCAUCCAUCCAGAUGUAAUGGGCCCCUGCGUUUCCCGGGUCAGUCGACUCUCUGAACGGAUUGAUUCGGAAUCGGAGCAGGGGCUGUACAGGCCUGAGUUAAGGGGAAUCUGGGAGAACAUGGCCGAUGUGGUAUUUUGUGCGUGCAGUGCGUGCUUGGGGUGUUGA